ACUUCAAUAUCAUCAUGUGUUAUUGUAACAUCCAUCAUUUUUGCAAUUUCAAUGGCAUGCAUUUAAUAUAAUACCUAAAAAUAUAGCAAUCUAUAUCUAAAUUAUAUUAAUAUUUCCUAACUUAAUACAGUAGUAUCUAUUCCGGUGAAAGAAUACUUUUAAAAAAAUUGUUUAAUCUAAUUUUUUGAUUAAAUAUCUUUUAAAUCAAUUAAAUUUCUGAAUAAAAAAUGUUCUGUCUUUUAAUUUAAUAUAUUAUCACUUUUAACAAAUGACUAUCAAUCAGUUUAUCGAAUUAUCUAAUUAAUUUGAACGUAAUCUAUAAUUCAUUAGUACUUAUCAAUUAAUUGAAAGAGUAUAUAUGAGCUGGGAACGACGAUAAGUGAUAAGAAAAAAGUUAGUUUAAAAAAUAUAACAAAAUAUACCAUUAAAAAAAUGGCAGAAGCAUUAUCAGAUGAUGAUAUUGUACCAACUUACAGAGAAGAAGCAACGGAUGACGAUGGUGAUGCUAGUGAUAUUAUUAGCUCAGCUAAGAAGAUGAGAGCAUCCGGCUUAUUAUAUGAAAACGUGAAAGUCUUCUCUGAUGGCAAAUGUGCUGAAGAGGCGGCUAGCAAGGAACCAAAAAAAUAUUAUAAAUGCAGCUUUAAACGUGGUUCAAAUUGUCCAGCAAAAAUUUAUUUAUUAUUUCAUGCAAGCAACUUUGAAGUAACAUUAUUUCAAGCAAUUAUCCAGCAUGAUCAUACAACAGAAAGCAAACAAACUGGUAUUCCAAUUGAAGUAAAAAAUGUUAUUAUUGAAUUAUUUCAAAAUGGAUGCACUACACCAAAAGCUAUUUUAUCUGAACUUGAUAAAUUGAAAAUAAUACAACCAAAGGUAUCGCAAAUUUCAAGCUUUUUGGUAGCUCUUCGCAAGAAAUUAUAUGGUCCAGCUCAAAUUAAUUUAAAUUAUAUUAAAAAGUGGUGUAUUGAAAAAUCUAUUAUUCCAAAUGAUCCUGAUGAGUGUUUUGUUGCUAAUUAUUAUAUCAAAGAUGAUGAUGCCGAUCCAUUAUUUAGAUUAUUUGUUACAACCAAAAAUUUAAUGAAAAGUUGUUUAAAUUCAAAUCAUGUAUGUGCAGAUGCAACUUAUAAAUUAAUAUGGCAGGGCUAUCCUGUAUUGAUUGUGGGUACUACUGAUAAACAGUGUGCUUUUCAUCCAUUUGGUAUUGCGUUAUGUAUAAAUGAACAAACUAAUGAUUUUGAGUUCAUGUUUAAAAGUGUCCAAUUAACUGUCGAGAAAUUGUUAACUGUUGAGAAAUGUCCAGCACUUUUCAGCAGGCGUUAA